GGAGGAGAGGACGCCUGGUUCCUCUGGCUGCUAGCUUCCGCCGUGACUCCGCUAUGGGCUCGUGCAGCUCCCACGUUGCACGCAUUCCCGAUGUGGACCAAAUUCUCAGAGAGACCGGCUUCUCGCAAGCCAGCCUGCUCCGCCUCUAUCACCGGUUCCAAGCCCUGGACAGGGAGGAAAAGGGCUACUUGAGCCGCCUAGACCUCCAGCGGAUCGGGGCGCUAGCUGUGAACCCCCUGGGGGACCGCAUUAUAGACAGCUUCUUCCCCAAUGGGAGUCAGAGAGUGGAUUUCGCGGGCUUUGCCAGGGUCCUGGCUCAUUUUCGACCUGUAGACGAGGAAGAUGCAGCAACCCGGGACCCUAAGCAACCUGAACCCCUAAACAGCAGAAUGAACAAACUGCGCUUUGCGUUUCAGCUCUACGAUCUGGAUCGGGAUGGGAAGAUCUCCAGGAAUGAAAUGCUACAGGUUCUCCGACUGAUGGUUGGGGUUCAGGUGACGGAUGAGCAGUUGGAGAGCAUCACAGACCGCACAGUGCAGGAAGCCGAUGAAGACGGUGAUGGGGCUGUGUCCUUCAUGGAGUUCACCAAGUCCUUAGAGAAGAUGAACAUCGAACAAAAAAUGAGCAUCCGGAUCCUGAAGUGACCCUGUGCUGCUGGCUCUAUGGGCUUUGCAGACCUCUAUGGGCUUGGGAUUUAUCCUUGGGCCCCAGGGAGGCAGGGUCCACAUAAGCCGUCUAUUCUUACUUUGAAACUCUAUUUAGAGCUGGGAAAGGGAGUUGAAGCGGUGUGUGCUGAAGUCUGAUUUGGUUAUGGGUUUGUGAAAAUCAACCAAAUGAUCACUGGCUGAUUCACAAGCGUGCGACCCAGGGUCCAGGCACAGGAGUGACAUCAUCAGGACUGGGCUUUGUUACCUGCGUUUCUCAGUUUGGCUGCCCCCUCUUGCGCUGGCAUCUUUCCCUGCUGUGGUGGAGAGGGCCACCAGGACUUCAGAUCACAUCUUCCUAACCUGUUAACCCAGAGGGGAGGCUUCUUCCUUCAGAACACCAAUCAGGCAGCAUCAUUGACCCAACCAGGGUCUUUUCUCUAUCUCUAGGGGAAUGGAGCGUUCUAGUGGGCCAUGCCUGUGUCAGAUAAUAAUUCUGAAACCCUAGAAAUAAGGCCCGAAGACUUAGGAUAGCGUGGGAGGUGGUUGCUUUAAGGAAAAUGAAGUAAUGUGCUUAUAAAAUGUGUGGGUGUUUAUGUUGGCUUUGCCUCUCCUUAUCAUUUGGUUGAGAAAAUGGAGGGAACCUUUGAAAUCUGGCCUCUGGGAUGAGUUUUUCUCUGACCCCCUGGAUGAAUAAUAAGGUGGUGGGUGGGAGGAUGAUGCACAAAUCAUAAACCACACAUACUUUCCUAGUGUGUGUCGUUACUCCAAAUUUGUAGAAAAGUUCUGUUGGGUUCAUUGUAAGAUGCUCAAACAUUGACAGACCGCAAAAUAGAGUAUAAUAAAGUCACAUCGAGGCAGAAUAGAAAGACAGGACAAGAUUGAAGGGUAAGCAGACUCUCACGCAAGAGACUGGUUGACAUCUCUCAAAAACCAAGUCAAGAAUUCCAAAACAUACACACACACACACACACACACGCACGCACGCACGCACGCACACACACACACAGAGCUAUGAAAUUUUCCUAUUGCUUUUAUAUGCAGAUAUUUCAAAUAAUAAUGUUAAAGUAGGGGGUAGAGAGAUGGAUUCAUUGUUAAGAGCACUCACUCUUCUUUCAGAAGACCCAGAUUCAGUUCCAGGCACCCCCACAUUGGAUGGCUCAGAACAGCUUGUUAAUCAAGUUUCAGGGACUCUCAUGCCCUCUUCUGGCCUUCACUGGUACUGCAUGUAUAUUGUGAGCAUGCACACAAGCAGCCACAAAUACACAUAAAUAAAAAAGUUAAAAUAGCAAUGAAACAAGCUUAAAGCCUGAGCCUGUGUGACCUUCCAUUGCUGUCUUACUCUUUUUUCCCCCCCAGAGAGAUUGUAAACCUUUGUUUAUGGUAAUAGAGGCCAACUUCCUGUGUAAUUCCUGGGGCUUAAGGUUUUACAUUGUCAGUUGUAACUCUGUCCCUUGUACCUUGUGAACUACCCUGUGAUCUCAUUUAGAUGUCUUGUAAAUCUUUUAAGAUGUGACUUUCAAGCCACCAAAAUGGCUGUGAUAAGAUACUUCAGCGGGACUUCCUUGAGAAGCCCACACCCACCCUGGAUGUGUCUUAUCUUUACCUUGAAUGACUCCUCAGCGCUUGGCUACACCCUCCUACCUAUUGCUUAAACCUAUGUUAGGAAAACUCUCCCCCAAAGGGGCCUGGAACAAUGGCACAGAGUUUAAAAGCACUUACUGCUCUUGUAGAGAUUCUGGGUUCAGUUCCCAACACCCACAUAGCGGCUCACAACCACUAUGUAACUCCAUGGAGUUCCAGAGGAUUCCCCCUCUCUUUGGCAACCUCCACAGGUACAAGACAUGCAUGGGACAGGCAGGUUCUCACACAUACAGAUAAAGUAAGCAAAUGUUUAAAAAUGUCUCUUCCCAAUAAACUCCAAUUCUGC